AGAAUGUGUUUCUCUUCCAUUCUAGAAGUCAACAUGCAGUCUGAAACUAACAUUACAGUUCGAGAUGCCAUUGACGACAUCAACACCAAUAUGUACCAGCCACUGUCUUAUCCAUUAAGCUUUCAAGUUUCUCUCACUGGAUUUCUGAUGUUAGAAAUUGUAUUGGGACUUGGCAGCAACCUCACUGUACUGGUACUUUACUGCAUGAAAUCCAACUUAAUCAACUCUGUCAGUAACAUUAUUACAAUGAACCUCCAUGUUCUUGAUGUAAUCAUUUGUGUGGGAUGUAUCCCUCUAACUAUAGUUAUUCUUCUGCUUUCACUGGAGAAUAACUCCGCACUGAUCUGCUGCUUUCACGAGGCUUGCGUGUCAUUUGCAAGCGUUUCCACUGCAAUCAAUGUCUUUGCUAUCACUUUGGACCGAUACGAUAUCUCUGUGAAACCCGCAAAUCGGAUUUUGACAAUGGGAAGAGCUGUGAUACUCAUGACAUCAAUAUGGAUCGUCUCUUUUUUCUCAUUCUUGAUUCCAUUCAUUGAAGUAAAUUUCUUCAGCCCUCACAGUGCAAAUACUUGGGAAAAUAAGACACUCUUGUGUGUGAGCGCAAAUGAAUACCACACAGAACUGGGAAUGUACUACCACCUUUUAGUACAAAUUCCAAUCUUUUUUUUCACUGUUAUAGUAAUGCUAAUUACAUAUAGCAAAAUUCUCCAGGCACUUAAUAUCCGAAUAGGCACAAGAUUUUCCACAGGACAGAAGAAAAAAGCGAGAAAGAAAAAGACAAUUUCUUUGUCCACUCAACAUGAAACUACUGAUGUAUCACAAAGCAGUGGAGGGAGAAAUGUAGUCUUUGGUGUAAGGACUUCAGUUUCUGUUAUAAUUGCUCUGCGGCGGGCUGUAAAGCGACACCGUGAACGACGGGAAAGACAGAAGAGAGUCUUCAGAAUGUCACUGUUGAUCAUUUCAACUUUUCUUCUCUGCUGGACACCAAUUACAGUUUUAAAUACUACAAUUUUAUGUUUGGGCCCAAGUGACCUUUUGGUAAAAUUGAGAUUAUGUUUUCUAGUCAUGGCAUAUGGAACCACCAUCUUUCACCCUCUCCUAUACGCAUUCACAAGACAGAAAUUUCAAAAAGUUCUGAAAAGUAAAAUGAAAAAGCGUGUUGUCUCAAUAGUGGAAGCUGACCCUAUCCCAAAUAAUGCUGUAAUACACAACUCAUGGAUAGAGCCUAACAGGAACAAGACAAUUACUUUUGAAGACAAUGAAGUAAGACAGAAGUGUUUAGUACCUCAGGUUGUCACAGACUAGAUUUCAGUAUUCACUGGAUCAUUUAAGAGGAAACAUAAGAACAAGUUGAAGUAAAUACUGCCAAAUAAGGAUAUUGAAAAGAAAAGAAAAAGGAAGAAUUGGCUAGACUGUAAAUGUUUGACAUAUUGCUAAAUAGAUUAGGCCUGUAUAUUCUAAUUCUUCAUUAGUCAAGAUGUGUGUUGCAUGGCAGUUUGUUAGAGUAAUACCAUGGGUAUAUUUUGUCAAUACUAUGUCCUCUAAUAUACAUCUAAGUAAAUAUUUUCUUAAAAAAAUAGCCU